GGCCGACAGAUCGGCCCGUGCCACGAGGAUGCGCGAGAAGGACGCAAGGGCCGUGGGCGCCCAUUUCGAAGCUUCUUGAGCGGGGCGCGGCCCACGAAGGUGGUGAAGGACGGAGCGAGGAGGCAAGCAUUACAUGGCAUUUCAUGGCGUUGAAGAUCAAGUGGGCGAGGAGGACGAGAGAUGGCUCGCUCAGCAGGAAGGCGACCUGCCUUCCUCUCCUCCUUUCACCCGGCUCGCGCGGCAGCCUUUCGCGGAUCGCGCGCCCCCCGCGCGCAAUGUGCAGCGAUGUGGGCCAGGUGAGGCAGUGUGCCCCCCAGUGCGGCGAUGUGCAGCGAUGUGGUCUGGGUGAGGCCAGUGAGACUGCGUGAAACAGUAUGACCAACAGCGGUGCCACGGGCGCUACUGAAAGGGGCGCACUGUACGGGGCAACGUGGUCAUGCUUACAAGCCCAGGUGAGCGGGAACACUGAAAUACAGGAGCGAUUCCUCCAUGAUGACGAUGCUGCGACGGCACUCGAUGGCAUCAAGCGCAACCAUUCCAGGGCGGGAUGCCUACGGCAGGUUCGUGUCGUGCCGACUUCGGCGCUGUCGAUCCACACGACGCGAACGUACCGUGCAUGCCUGUGGUGCCGCAGCAGGAAAACGUCUCGGAAACCUUAAAAUCUGGAGAAUCAAUAUUAUGGCCGAGAGCGGGCUGGUCCUAGAGACCAUGGACAGCCCAGCACCGUGAAAAUCCCUGCACACGGGCAAGGGGAACACAACCAUGCCCGUGCAAGCGGCUGGGGCAAAAGAAAACUGGGCAAGGCCAAAGACUGGGAACUUGAUCAGACUGCCCCCCUCGGGCGUGAGACAGCAAACGGCCAGGCAGAUAGGACAGUGCACAAAACCGUCUGCAUCAGGCGAGCUUCGGAACGGGCACGGCAUGUGAAACGAGCUGCCCACUAAGACAUCGCUGGCUCGCCCUCCUCUGGACCGCCCGAGGCUAAUCCCCCCGCCGCACGACCGUAUUCUCAAUGCUGCGGGCGCGCGUCGCGUACUUGAGGGCGCAGAUGGUCUCGUCGGAGUUGUAGGACGACGGGGAGAGAUUGACGAACAUCAGCGUUUUCGCCUGGCCGCCCAGGCUGUCCUGCAUAAGCUGCGUGAGCUUGUGGUUCCUGUACGGGAUCACCUUCGCCUUCGCGGUGAGCGCUCCCAUCACGUCGCCCAGCGCCGUGAGCGACUUGUUGAUCUCGAUCGCCUCCUUCGCGCCCUCGCCGCUGACGCCGCUCUUCGCCAACCGCUCGCUUCCCGCCAUGUCGACCAAAGUGAUCUUACCCGGGCGGCUCCUCCCAGUGAUGCGAUCCGUGAUCUGCAGCUUGAUGAUGAACAUCAGGUGAGACCUCGAGGACACGGCGUUCAUGUUGGUGGCCUGGACCUUGCGCUUUGACAGCCCGUCCCCGAUCGUUUUGGCGAGAUCCUUCGCGCUGGUGGCCGGCCUCUCCACGACGCCGUCCAGCUGUACGGACACGCUCCCGUCGCCCUGGCGGACGCUCUUGAAGUCGAGCUUGGGGGGCUCCCUCUCCGUCGUGAGCAGAUCGCGCAGGUCGUUGACAUAUAGCUCGACCAUGGAGGCCUUUACCUCGGCCUCGUACUUGUCCCUGUCGCGCUCGAUCAUGGCGAACACCUCCUCGCAGGUCCGCGGCGAGACGCCCGGUUCCUUGCCGCUCCCGUACAGGGUCCACGUCUUGCCCGCGCCCGUCUGUCCGUAGCAAAAAAUGGUGACGUUGUAGCCGUCCAAAGCGCUCUGGACCAAGCUCCGGCAGUCCGCGAACACCUCGUCCUCGCGGGGGGCCCGGGGGGGAAGGCAGAGGGGGCCAGCCUUUUCAGGGGGCCGCGGGGCUUGUCACAGAAGGCCUUUCAGAGAAAUCUUCUAGGCCUCCCCGAAAGACACACAUCCGCCUUCUCAGAAGGCAUGCCCCCUCUAGCUUCCCACCUGGGCUCGCAGGAAAACCCACACUCGAAUCGACGAAUCGGCUCGGCGACCGAAACGAGUCGGACGGCGGAAAUCGGCGGCCGAGCCGAGAAAAGC